CCACCCACCCACUCACAGAAAACAAGCAAGAAAGUGAAAACUGAUUAAAUGGAAAAAUGUUCAUCAUUUCACUGCUCACUCAUUAAUGUUCCUCAGUGUGCUGCAGUUCUUACAGUAUUUUUAAGAUAUAAAAGUUUUAACUUAAGUUUUUAAUGAGUGUAAGUGAACUUGAGUAAGGAAGGAGUGAUUCAGUGAAAACAGGAAGAACAAUUGUCAGUGAAUGUGAGAGACACUCAGCGACGCUUUAACCACACAAAGGAACCAUAUUAAACUGAUGAAGCUCCUUCUGCUCUCUGCGUUAAUGAAGUGCUGAUCUCAGAAUGUCUCUGACUGUUUCUCUGCUGUUUCUGCUCUUCAUCUCUGCAGUUGUUGCCCAGGAUGGGUGGGCUGUUUAUUACAGAACUAAAUCUAUCUGUGCUCUAAAGGGGUCUACAGUGACCAUGAGCUGCUUUUCCAAAUAUGCAACUCUCCCAUCACAAUAUUUUACUUGGAGCAAAAAUCUUUAUACAGAUAAAGGGCCUCUUGAUCUGGUAGGUGAUCCAGAGUACAGAGGCAGAGUUCAGUACCACGGAGAUCAACAACAGUUCACUCUCAGACUGAAGAAUGUGACAGAAAAGGAUCAGAGUAAAUACUACUGCAGAUGUAUAAAGGAUGGAUAUAGAAGAAGGUGGCAGGAAGCAGGUGGAGUUGAUCUUUCAGUCACAGAUCUCCAGGUGGAGGUUCCUGAGAGAGUGAUAGAGGGAGAUAACGUCACUCUCACAUGUAAAACAACCUGUAGUCUGACAGUCAGACCAACAUUCACCUGGUACAGAAAUCAACAUCGUUUAUCCUCCAGUACUGACCAACUCCACCUGCAGUCAGUCAGUAGGGAGGAUACAGGCAGGUAUCGCUGUGUUGUACUGCGUCAGAACUCUCUUGAGGUCACUCUUAAUGUCAGAUAUGGCCCAAAGAAUAUCUCAGUGUCCCUCAGUCCCUCUGCUGAAAUAGUGGAGGGCAGUUCAGUGAAUCUGACCUGCAUUAGUGAUGCAAACCCACCUGUGCAGAACUACACCUGGUUUAAAGAAGGUGGAAGCUCACCUGUAGGAUCUGGACACAGUUACAGUUUCAACAUUGACUCCAAAAGCAGUGGAUGGUACUACUGUUCGGCUCAGAAUGAACAUGGAUCUAUAAAAUCAGCUGCAGUGCCCAUCAUUUCAAAAGCAGAACGCUCUAUGACUCUGGGUGUGGUGGUUGGAGUUGGGCUCUGUGAGGUUGCAGUGUUUAUUGUGGUUGUUUUCUUGAUGUGGAACAAAAUAAAGAAGAAGAGAACGAUGGAGGAAGAUGACCAUCAGAACGUUGACCCUAAUGCUAAGGACGACACGUACACAGCUCUUGACCCCGUGUCCAGGUCCUCUGAUGAUGUGUACAACACACUCACAACUGUGAACAACAAACGCUGACUGACUAUCACCAUGGGAACCACUCAGACUUUACACAUCCACCCAACGAAGGAGAGAGAGAGAAUAACUGAGUGAUGUGCUCAGUGUUUAUAUGUUUAAAGUAUUGCAGUACAUCUCUGUGAACAGUUCAAGAACCUGAGCUCUGAAUUCAGAAAAACUUUUCAAGUGCAUUCAGUGCUUCUUAGUUCUUCUCACAUGAUUUUAAAAAACUUUUUUGGACAGCACACACUGAUCAGUAGCACUUAUUUUAUUAUUAUUUUAAAGAUGUUUAACUUUUAAUUAAUUAAUAAAUUGUAGUUACAUGAUUAACUCUUUCAAAUAAAGAUUCCUGAUGGUUCUUGUCUUCAAGUACAGUUGGGAAAAGAAGAAAAACCUUUAGUAUCUAACAUUUGUAGAACCUUUACGUUAUCUUGGAGAGGUUCUUUAAACCUUAUAAAGUUUCUUCACACCAACACAUCUCAUUCAUACAAAUGAUUCACUAAGGCAGUGGUUCUCAAACUGGCCCUCAGGUCCCCUCAAGCAGUCCACAUGUCUGUUCUGUCCAUAUGUGUACAAAUCAUCUAGGGAUGGGUUUAACAGUGUAGUGAUGUGACAAUAUAUACUCUGAGAGUUGUGAGGGAUCCAUUUGCAGGUUUAUUAAAAACAAGGCAAUCCAGUAAAUCAGUCUAAAGACUCAGGUAGUGAUGCAAAAAGCAAAAUAUCAAAGACAGAUUCCAAAAAGGCAGACAGAGGUUCUAAACACAGGAGGUCAAACAAAAGUUUGUGGAGUGUUUAAAGUGAGACUCAUUAGAGAAAUAAUGAGGUGCAGGUGGCUUGAUCCUGGCAUCAAGGCUAGUAGUCAGGAGAGAGAGGCCUCUGGUGGCCAGAUGGGGAAUUACUGACAAGUGAAAUGUUCUGUAGUUGUUUUUGUUAGAGUUUUGGCAGCGUCCAGCAGGGCAGAUCAGUUUAGCUUCAGUUAGUUAUUACCUGUCCUUUGGAAUUGUCCCAAAUAUUUACAUUUCUGUUCAUUUCCCAAUAUUCAUGCAGUAUGAAUUGUAAAACAAUGCAUGUUUGUCUUUCCACUAGUCGUUAUGCCUUUCUUUCAUUAUAAGUUUAAUAUUUACAGUAAAGGUUCUUCUGAAUGAGUUCA